AUGGCGGCCCGCGCGCCCCCCGCCGCACCUGCGGCCGACGAGCCGGGGGGCCCCGGCGGCCCCCCGCGCAGGAAGAAGUCUCGCUCCGGCGCGUCCGGCCUCCGCCGCGCCUUCAGCUGGCUGCGGGGCAAGCGGCGCAAGAAGAAGGCGGCGGGGGCCGAGGGCGCCGAGCCGGCCGCCCCCCGGGCCAAGAAGGCGGACGACAAGGCUAAGAAGGCCAAGGGUAAGGGCCGAGGCUCUGCCAAGGCUGAGAGCGACAAACGACUGAGUGUAGGGCCCGGCCAGGGGCCAGGGUCUGUAGUGGAUGACCACCAGGACAAUGUCUUCUUUCCCAGUGGGCGACCGCCUCACCUGGAAGAGUUACACACGCAGGCCCAGGAGGGUCUCCGUUCCCUCCAGCACCAAGAAAAACAGAAACUGAACAAGGGUGCCUGGGACCAUGGAGACACCCAGAGCUUACAGUCUUCCCGCACCGGGCCAGAUGACGAUAGCAUCUCCUUCUGCAGCCAGACCACGUCCUACACGGCUGAGAGCUCCACAGCAGAGGACGCGCUCUCCAUCCGCUCUGAGAUGAUCCAGCGCAAAGGCUCCACCUUCCGGCCCCACGACUCGUUUCCCAAACCUUCUGGAAAGUCGGGGAGGCGGCGUCGGGAGCGGCGGAGCACGGUGCUGGGACUGCCGCAGCACGUGCAGAAGGAACUCGGCCUGCGGAAUGAGCGUGAGGCACCAGGUACGCCUCGGCCUCUAGGUCCACGGGAUGCUGUGCGCAUUCCCACAGUGGAUGGUCGUCCGGCAGGCCCGGCCGCAGGGCCGGGGGCCAGGGUGUCCCUGCAGGCGCUGGAGGCAGAGACCGAAGUCGGGGCUGAGGCCAUGCUGCAGCGCCACAUCGACCGCAUCUACCGUGAUGACACUCUCGUCGGCCGGUCCACGGGGGCCCGGCCCCCGCCGCUCACCCGGCCCAUGUCCCUCGCAGUGCCUGGACUGACGGGAGGGGCCGGGCCUCCAGAACCCCUGAGCCCGGCCAUGUCCAUCUCGCCCCAAGCCACCUACUUGUCGAAGCUGAUCCCACACGCCGUGCUGCCGCCCACCGUGGACGUGGUGGCCCUGGGCCGCUGCAGCCUGCGCACCCUGAGCCGCUGCAGCCUGCUCUCAGCCAGCCCGGCCUCCGUCCGCUCUCUGGGCCGCUUCUCCUCGGUCUCCAGCCCGCGACCCCGUAGCCGCCACCCUUCCUCCUCCAGCGACACCUGGAGCCACUCUCAGUCCUCCGAGACCAUCGUGUCUGACGGCUCCACCCUCUCCUCUAAGGGUGGCUCUGAGGGCCGGCCAGAGGGCUCCGUGGCCAACAGCAGCGUGGCGCCCCCUCCCCCGGGUGGCAGCGGGCGGGGCUCUCCCAGCGGGGGCAGCACCGCGGAAGCCUCGGACACUGUCAGCAUUCGGAGCGGGGGCCAGCUGUCUGGCCGAAGCGUGUCCCUACGUAAGCUGAAGCGGCCCCCGCCUCCUCCCCGCCGGACCCACUCGCUACAUCAGCGCAGCUCAGCGGUCCCUGAUGGGCCCUUGGGGCUGCCUCCCAAGCCCGAGCGGAAGCAGCAGCUGCAGCCACCCCGGCCGCCCACCACUGGAGGUUCGGCAGGGAUGGCGGCCCCGCCCUGUCCACCCAGCUCGGCAGGCGGCUGGGUGUCUGGCUUGUCUCCGAGUGGCUCCCGGCGCCCCCCACGCUCCCCGGAACGGACACUCUCACCCUCCAGUGGAUACUCGAGCCAAAGUGGUACCCCUACCCUCCCUCCCAAGGGUCUAGCAGGGGCCCCUGCUUCCCCAGGCAAGGCCCAGCCCCCCAAACCAGAACGUGUCACUUCCCUUCGAUCUCCCGAGGCCUCCGUCUCCUCUUCCCUCACGUCUCUGUGUUCCUCUUCCUCUGAUCCAGCACCCUCAGACCGCUCUGGUCCUCACAUGUCGACCGCCCUGGGUGACAGGUUUUUCAUACCUCCUCACCCCAAGGUGGCCGCCCCCUUCUCCCCACCUCCCUCUAAGCCCAAGAGUCCAAACCAAGCUGCCCUUGCUCCUGCUGUAGUCCCUGGGCCCAUCUCUACCACCGCUGCCAGUCCUGAGUCCCCACCCACUCCGCAGACAUCCCUGACCCCACCUCAGGCAUCUCCUGCUGCCUCCAAAGACCAGUCACCCCCUCCGUCCCCACCCCCAUCUUAUCAUCCACCCCCGCCCCCCACUAAGAAGCCAGAGGUGGCUGAGGGGGCCCUGUCUGCCCUGGAGACCGCUGAGGUGCCCCUCCAAGAUCCCAACUGGCCCCCUCCCCCGCCUCCUACCCCAGAGGAGCAGGACCUGUCUAUGGCUGACUUCCCACCACCCGAGGAAGCCUUUUUCUCAGUGACUAGCCCUGAGCCCGCAGGCUCUUCACCCCUCCCGGAGGCCUCCUUACCUGCUGUUUCCUAUCAGAGCCAGCCCUCUGGUACCCCAGACCCUCCUCCAGCCCCGCCAGCCCCACCUGCUGCCGGCUCUGUCACAGGGCUUCUGGCUAAGGUCCCUCGGAAGGAGCCUGUGGGCUGCAGCAAGGGCGGGGGCCUUCCCCGGGAGGAUGCCAGCGCGCCCCUGGUCACACCCUCACUCCUGCAGACGGUUCGGCUGCGCUCUGUGGGCGCUCCCACGGUGGCUCCAAAUCCAGCAUCGGGGCCAUCGCCCCCCCAGAAGCCACUCCGAAGGGCCCUGUCAGGGCGGGCCAGCCCUGCAUCUGCCGCUGCCUCGGGGCUCCACGCGGCUGUUCGGCUCAAGGCCUCUAACCUGGCUGGCAGCGCAGGCCCUGUGGGUGCCCAGCCCAAUGGACCACCUGAGGCAGAGCCACGGUCCCCUGCCUCUACGGCCAGCUUCAUCUUCUCUAAGGGCACUAAGAAGCUGCAGCUGGAGCGGCCUGUGUCCCCGGAGACCCAGGCUGACCUCCAGCGGAACCUGGUAGCUGAACUAAGGAGCAUCUCAGAGCAACGGCCACCCCAGGCCCCGAAGAAGCCACCUAAGGCCCCCCCGCCCGUGGCUCGCAAGCCUUCUGGGGGUGUCCCCCUUCCCACCUCCCCCAGCUUUCCUCGGGCUGAGCCCCUUACUGCGCCUCCCACCAACGGGCUCCCCCAUGCCGAGGACAGGACUAAGGAGGAGCUGGCAGAGAAUGGAAGUGUCCUGCAGCUGGUGGGCCCAGAGGAGCAAAAGCUGGGCCUGCCCGGUACAGACCCACAGAAAGAGCUGGUCUGA